CUGUAGUGAUGUUGGACUUCCGUAGGACGCCUUGCUAUGAUCUGUGGUCUACGCAGAAGUCUGAAGUCUUAGAUGCAGAUGUCGCGUAUGUCGGUUGUGCCAGUUACAUUCCAUCCCUUUGUGACCCACUCUUGAAUGCAUUGAACAAACUAUCAAUAAGCCCGGAUUCUCCCGAUCGUCUUUCUGGCAGCGGAUAUCAUACUGGAGGUAACAUUACGGCUGUUGUUCGUAGUCCAGAUUCUGAUGCUGUGUACCCGAAGAUGAGUAAAUCAACACAUCGCGAUUUUGAUGCUGCUAGAUUAAAUCCCUUUGGUGGUUCAUCAAACUACAUGGAGACUUUUGAGAACUUAUAUGAACGUGGACACAGUACUCAGCCUGAAAUCCGGUUACCGAGAUCAGAUGGCAUUUUCAAUCAUAGUCCUGUCGCCUAUGGUGAUGUAAACAAAACUCUAUUCACUAACAAAACCAACCAGUUGGUUUCAGUCAGAAAAGUUGAUUGCCCUCUUCCUUGUGAGAAGUACCCUGCAAAUCCGGUUAUUGAUGGAGGUGCCUGGAAUGACUUCCCGCUGCGCGAUGCAAUUGGGGCAGCUCUUGUUAUACUUACUAGUAAAUCAAAAGCAUCUGGAUGUCGUCGAGUAAUGUCCCGUUUUUCCCAUAGAAAUAAGAAGUGGGAUCGUGAGACGUUAAGGCUUCACUCUUGGUUCAACUCUUUUUGCCUGUUAGAAAUGCCUGCUUCUCUUAAACAAAUAUUCCUGUCAGUCCGCAGAAAGUUGGAGGAAGAUUAUGUUCUAUGUGCAUUUUGCCGGAACAAUGGCGAAUUACCCGAAAUAUACAUAACUCAUGAAGUAAGUGAUGCUGUUUCCUACGUUUACUUGUUCAUUAGGAAUGUUUUUAUUACUAUUGUUUUGUUUAUUAUUUGUGGUCAAUAUUGCUUAUUUCAGGUUAGAGAUCAAGAUGGUCGAGUGACGUGUCCGGUGCUACGUGUACUGUCAUGUCCCAACUGCCAUGCGACCGGUGAUCAUGCUCAUACAAUCAGAUACUGCCCAUACCCUAGGCAACUUUAGUUCUGUACUGACCUUUUUAAAUAUCCACUGUCUUAUUAUUGUUUACGUAUGAUUGUCAUUAUGUUACUUUAUUACUUAGAUUUUUGACUUUAUUUUUAUACAUCUUAAUAUGGAUUUAUGCUUAUUAUGUCCUAAUAAACUAAGUUAUAUCC